CGGGCCGAGACGCCCCGAGCGGCCGCUGCGGCCAGUAGCUGCCGCCGCCACCUCUGGCCCCUUCACCGGCUGCCCCGUCCAGACCUAGCCGGGAGGGGUGAGAGGGAUGCAGCUUGGGGCCCCGCUCCGGUGCCGCACCCCGUAAAGGGCUGAUCUUCCACCUCGCCACCUCAACUACGGGAACCAAGACCGCAGCCAGCUCAGACUUCUCCUGGUGCUUGUGAAACUGAACACUACAAAAGUAUGGAUAUGGGAAACCAACAUCCUUCUAUUAGUAGGCUUCAGGAAAUCCAAAAGGAAGUAAAAAGUAUAGAACAGCAAGUAGUUGGCUUCAGUGGUCUGUCAGAUGACAAGAAUUACAAGAAACUGGAGAGGAUUCUAACAAAACAACUGUUUGAAAUAGACUCUGUAGAUACUGAAGGGAAAGGAGACAUUCAGCAAGCUAGGAAGAGGGCAGCACAGGAGACAGAGCGUCUUCUCAAAGAGUUGGAGCAGAAUGCAAACCACCCACACCGGAUUGAAAUACAGAACAUUUUCAAGGAAGCCCAGUCCCUCGUAAGAGAGAAAAUUGUGCCAUUUUAUAGUAGCGGCAACUGCGUAACCGAUGAAUUUGAAGAAGGCAUCCAGGAUAUCAUUCUGAGGCUGACACAUGUUAAAACUGGAGGGAAGAUCUCCUUGCGGAAAGCAAGGUAUCACACUUUAACCAAAAUCUGUGCAGUGCAGGAGAUUAUUGAAGACUGCAUGAAAAAGCAGCCUUCCCUGCCACUCUCUGAGGAUGCGCAUCCUUCUGUGGCCAAAAUUAACUCCGUGAUGUGUGAAGUGAACAAGGCCAGAGGCACUCUGAUCGCACUUUUGAUGGGAGUGAACAAUAACGAGACUUGCAGGCACUUAUCUUGUGUGCUGUCAGGGCUGAUCGCAGAUCUGGAUGCUUUAGAUGUGUGCGGGCGUACGGAGAUCAGAAAUUAUCGAAGGGAGGUAGUAGAAGACAUCAACAAAUUAUUGAAAUAUUUGGAUUUGGAAGAGGAAGCAGAUACUACCAAAGCAUUUGACCUGGGACAGAAUCAUUCCAUUUUAAAGAUAGAAAAGGUCCUCAAGAGAAUGAGAGAAAUAAAAAAUGAACUUCUCCAAGCACAAAAUCCUCCUGAACUGUACCUGAGCUCCAAGACAGAAUUGCAGGGUUUGAUUGGACAGUUGGACGAGGUAAGUCUAGAAAAAAACCCCUGCAUCCGGGAAGCCAGGAGGAGAGCGGUGAUCGAGGUGCAAACCCUGAUCACUUACAUUGACUUGAAGGAGGCCCUUGAGAAAAGAAAGCUUUUUGCUUGUGAGGAGCACCCAUCCCAUAAAGCAGUCUGGAACGUCCUUGGAAACUUGUCGGAGAUCCAGGGAGAAGUUCUUUCAUUCGAUGGAAAUCGGGCCGAUAAGAACUAUAUCCGGCUGGAGGAGCUGCUCACCAAGCAGCUGCUGGCGCUGGAUGCUGUGGACCCGCAGGGAGAAGAGAAGUGUAAGGCUGCCAGGAAACAGGCGGUGAAGCUGGCCCAGAAUAUUCUCAGCUAUCUCGACUUGAAAUCCGAUGAAUGGGAGUACUAAAAUACCAGAGAUCUCACGUUUGAUAUUGCUUGUUUUGCACUUUAUAUGGACUUCUGUGUACUUAUAGAGAGCUUUCAGUUCAUGGAGCCUAAAUGUGAUUUAUACAUGCACAUUUCAAUCUCGGUAUUUAUGAUUUAAGCAAAUUAUAUUCACUAUCUCUGCUGCUUUUGAUGUUUCAAAACAAAUAAUCAUUACAGCACAUUAACUUUUCCAUUUGGAUCAUUA